UUCUUCUUCUCCUUGUUCACAACACAUUCAUGCCUGCAGACAGAUUUAGACGUACUUGUGUGUGGACAUCAGCAUUCGAAAUAUUUAGUUUCUUCUGCAUGUCAUCAUGCGCUGGUUGCUGGCUGGAUGCUGUGGGCUCGCUUUGAUCAGUAUCUCAGCGGCCCUAAACCCCGCACCUAAGGUCAACCAGAAGCCCCGGUUCUACGGUGUGAAAACCAAACACAAUGUGGGCAUUUACUGUCUAUCCACCGAGAAACACUCCGAGGUGGAGUGGUACCGCGCCGAUAAGUACGACGUGAACGCUACACUCAGAGAGAAGAUAAAGGCAGAAAAAAGGUUUGCAUUUCAUGACAGCCAUCUGAACCCAAACUCCUUCCUCUUAAUCCGUGAAGUGGUCAUAGAGGACAGCAAAGUGUACUUCUGCAAGUUAAACAACACGUGGGGACCUGGGACUGAACUGCAAGUUGUCAGACCCAUUGACGUUCCCCAGGCAGAGUACAGGAGCAAGAUGAAGGAUGCUCUCAUCAUCCUCCAGGGCCUAAUAUUGGCUAUGUGCAUUGCUGCUUUUGUGCUACGCAGACGACAACAGAUGGACAAGAAGGACUGCAUAUAUGAGGAGCCUGAAAUUGAUCACAUCUAUGAGGGUUUGGCGAUUGAGACUUGUGAAGGAGGUCUGUAUGAGGAACUCACUGUGUACGCCGAGGCUGAAGGAACUGAGGCCCCGUGGGAGUGAGACCGCCUCACAAUAACUUACAGGUUCUUGAUUGUAAAAGUACAAAUUAUAGAAUACUUUGUUAAAGAGAUAGUCCAGGUGUUUUGAAGUGGGGUUGUAUGAGGUAGUUAUACAUAGUCAGUGUAUGACCUACAGUAGAUGACGGUCAGCACGCCCCCAGCUUGGACAAACAGACAGGAGUACGGGCA